ACUUUGAUCAGCAUGUUGGACCCUUUCACGCCGCUUUAGGCCUAUUCCUAAAAAGCAAAAGAUCAGUGGAACGAGAAUAAAUGGGCGUAAACAAGAUCCAAUUACGGAACUUUCACUCGGCUAUCACUAGGUUAGCCGGUUGACAAAGGACAGUAAUAACCAAACUAUAACACAGACUAGCGAAAACACUCAUUCCAGGAAGACCCUUACUCAGCACAGUUUCCGGUUACAAAACUCAUUACCUUUGACCCAUACCCGCCGUCAACAAAAAACAUAAAAAAAAAGAGUCCCGCUUGACUGCAGUGAUUGCCGGGAAUUGUAGUUCUCAGGUCCUUUAAGGCAAAAGUUCAUCUCUCAACGAGUUUGCCUGUAUGCACGCGCAAGAUCAGCGGGCAUGAGCUCCUCGAUAAACUACUUCAGUCUGAGACGCAAGGAAGUACAGCUACGCAGGUGCAGACCGGUUCUCCUUGAAUAACUGCAAUUCUGCGUUAAAUAGUACACAGUUAGACAGUGAAUCAAGUCAAUAAUGCCCCGAAUCGACAAUGACAUCAAGCUUGAUUUUAAAGAUGUUCUUCUGAGGCCAAAACGAAGCACACUGAAAUCACGAAGUGAGUUUACAUUGCAGUUUUGUUUAUUUACCACUGUCCACAAGCACUACUCUGUUGAUGACUGGAAGGAGUUUGCAUCUGAAGAACCACAGUGCCUUAAGAAUGUAGCUGCAAGUUCCGGUAGUAGUCCAGCGGACCUUGAAAAACUGACUGCGAUCCUAGCUGCUGUACCCCAGAUCCAGUACAUUUGCCUUGAUGUUGCAAAUGGAUAUUCUGAGCACUUCGUACAAUGUGUGAAGGAUGUCAGGGAGAAAUUUCCAGAUCACACCAUCAUGGCUGGCAACGUGGUGACAGGGGAGAUGGUGGAAGAACUGAUUUUGUCUGGAGCAGAUAUCAUCAAAGUAGGAAUUGGACCAGGAUCUGUUUGUACGACAAGGAAGAAGACUGGAGUAGGAUAUCCACAGGUCAGCGCCGUACUUGAGUGUGCUGAUGCAGCGCAUGGCCUUGGGGGUCAUAUAAUUUCGGAUGGUGGUUGUACCUGUCCCGGAGAUGUGUCAAAGGCAUUUGGUGCUGGUGCUGACUUUGUGAUGUUGGGUGGAAUGCUUGCUGGCCACACAGAAUCAGGGGGAGAAGAUAUUUUCAAGAAUGGCAAACGAUAUAAGCUGUUCUACGGCAUGAGUUCUGAGACUGCCAUGAAAAAGCAUGUGGGUGGAAUUGCAGAUUACAGGGCAUCUGAAGGAAAAACAGUGGAGGUAGAAUUUAAGGGAGAUGUGGACGAAACUAUCCGCGAUAUUCUAGGAGGUGUGCGCUCCACCUGCACCUAUGUGGGAGCUGCAAAGCUGAAAGAGCUCAGCCGCAGAACUACUUUCAUCCGUGUCACACAACAGUUGAACCCCAUCUUUAGUCAGCCAUCAGAUAUAUGAUUUUUAGCAGUUACAUCAUGACUCUGUAAAUGCAGCAUAGCCUUUAAUACUCUGCGCCAAAUUCUGGGGCACCCUUAGUCAAGUGCCCAUGGAAAGAAGUUCCUGGCUUUUGAAAGCAGUGUACGGUGGAACUUUUGUUCAUUGUUUCCUAACAGCUCUGCAAGCAGAAACAGUGAAAAGGUGUCACUGUACCUGGUCCUAAUUUUUACUGGUGAUUUUGUGAUUAACUAUAUAGAUGUUGUGGAAUCAAGGUGUCAGUUCACAGUGCAUGCAGCACUCUGUGAUUUGGAAUGUGUGUGGUAGAAUUGUUGCCUGCUGCAGCUCUUAGCUGCUUCAAUUACCCUUCGUCUUACAGAGAGUACACUUAAGUGCAUCACUUGGUUACUGGGAGCUAGCUGCUGUUUCACAUCUGCAUAGUGACAGCCUACCUGUUUUCAAUUUAGUUGGCAUUAAUUUAAAAACAAAAGUCUGUUAAGGAUAGCUCUUCUCAGAGCCAGUAUUGGUAAGGAACUUUAAACAUACUAGCUGAAUUCUUUUCUGACAGAAUUGUAUUUAUUCCCCUUCAGUGUUCAAAUACAGGUUUCAUUUACACUAGUGUGGUGCCUGGAAAAAGGAGAGGUCUCUUUCUGCACGUUCACAGAAAGGUAACUUGUUUCCUAAUUAGAUAAUCUGAUAUGAUUCAAUUUCACAACGUUCCAGUGAAGAAAAGAGUAUUGUUUAAGGCUACCCUAUAAUUCUCAUGGCCACGGUGUUAGUGAAGAGGUCACUUUCUUUGAUAGUACAAUAUAAUACCAUUGGUCUUUGUCACAGUAGUUUAAUCUCUGAGGAGUUAUUUUGGAAGCCCCAUAUACAGCAGGUGUUCCAACGAUUUCCCUGGAAUAUAACAGAAGAUCUUUCAGGACUUGGACCAGCCUUAAUAUCAAAUAACUGCAGCAAUACUCAUUUAUAUUCAUGGCCCUGACAUGCAUUCUUCUAGCUACACCCCCCCCCUUUAUUCCAAAUCCAGGGUAGGUACAUUUCUUUUAUUCAGUUCCCUCUGUACUAGUUUCACAGUUUAAAAAAUAACUGUCACAGUGAGUUCUUGAUAUAGCUUUGCCUGUUCAUAAUGGUCACUGGAAAUGUGCACUAAAAAUGGGAGAAAAAUCUUUCAGUUAAGCAAAAUCUAUGAUACUUUGUAAGGUAGGAUACAUGCAGACUACACCAGUCAACACAGAGGCUGUGAGAAUCAUACUAUGGCAGUACACUGAUGUAAAUGGUACUGUGUGACAAGGCUGUAAGAACCUGUUUCUGUGACAGAAACACCAUGAUGUCAUUCAGAACAGAGGUACUGUCACAGGGUUGUAAAUGUGGAAGUAAAGGAAUAAUAGUACAGAGGUCUUUGUUGGUGACCAUAGCAGCUGUCAGUGACUGCAGUAGUCACAUAUCCACUGCAGUAAUGACACCAUUUCUGUUAGUAUCACAUUUAUGUCCAGUGUGAGCCCAGUGGGCAUCAUUGCUUUUUAAAGUUGAAGUGAGAUGAUUUCCACUUUUACCUACAGUGCUGUACUGACCACAAGUUCACACUUGCAACUUAGAAGUUGUUAUAGGAAUUCAACCUUCUAAAUCCAGAGUCUGAUACAUAGAACAACGCUGACGGUUAUUAAUGAUAGAUAUUGAAGUGCCCACAUCCAGCCUUACAUUUUGCAGCAGUGUACAAGGGCAAGUCUUCCCAUCUCUCUCCUUCCUAUCUCAGGAAGGCAAUAUUGAUUUCAGGAUGGUCUUGGAAAACUUGUAAACCUCUUUUCAUGUGUACCUGCAACAACCAGUUGCAAUUAAGAGUUUUUUGUACCCAAGACACGGAGGACACUGAUUCAGUCACACUAUAUCAGUAAGGCCUUAUCACCAAAAAGAUAGAGAUACACCAUUUGUGGAAGCCAUGUCUAACUGUGUGCACUGCAGUGCCUUUUGAAAUUUAUGGAGCUUUACCCUGACAAAGUCAUGUGAUGAUCUAUUAUUAGUGCCCCAUCGACCUCCUUUGAUGCCUCCUAGGUUUUGCCUGGGUAAGCUGUUAACGACAUAUACAACAUUUUCACAGGCAGAUUCCUUUGAUGCAUACUAUUUUUUAUUUGUUUGUUUUUGCCUUGCUAGUAUACUAAUAUGUAUUUUCUUUGGCAUGUUUCUAUGAGUGUUUGCCUUGAUGGUUUCCUGUGAUGUGUACUGAGUAUUUGCCUAGGCAUGUACCUUUAUUGUGCACUGAAUAUUUGCCCCAUCAUGUUUCUCUGAUGUACACUGAUUAUUUGACCUGGCAUGUUCUUGUGAUUUGUACAGAGUAUUUGCCCCAGCAUGUCCCUGGGAUGAAUAUUUGGCCCAACAUGUUUCUAGGAUGUGUACCAAGUAUUGUCACAAAAUACAUUAUCUUGUGUGUGACAGGAUGGUGAAGUCAGUUUCCAGAUUCUGGUUUUCAUUACUUUUUUUUAGGGGCAGAAGCUAUGUUUGAGCUCAUUUCUGAAUGCAUUACCCAAAAUAAAUGCAGUCUGCCUGAGAAGCUUAAUACUUCAAAUGCAUAAAUAAUAGUGGAACGUCAAUGACAGGUUUUGAAUAUUGCUCUUAUAUAUGUAGCAGCUUGCUAAAAUAACAGGAUUUUAUCAGCAUGUAUUUUCUGAAGGAUAUGAAAUCUGAAACUCAAAUGUCAUUAUUUAGUGACUAGAGCCCUCAACAAUUCGCCAGAACAUAAUUUUUGUUACCUUAUAAAAGGUAGUGCUGGCAAUGAGCUAUUCCUGUUUUGAGAUCACUGACUGACCUGCCAACAGUCCCAUAACAAAAUAAAGUCUCCUUGCAACGUCUCAGAAAAAAGAAGUUCCCACACUACCAGAGGUGUUUUUAAGCACUUGGGAAUGGGAAACAGACUCUGUGCGUCUAACAUUACAUUGUGGGGGGGCAAAAAUUUGCAUAAAAGCUAUAUAUUUUUUUUUUUAUGUAGCUUCAGGCUGACAACAGCUUGUUUUUCUUGACCAAGAGUUUUGUUGAAAAGGGAUUAGGCUUUACUGUAAACAAAGGGAAAAUAACAAUAUGCUGCAUUGCUACUUUAUUAUUAGCAUGAUUGGAACAUAGGGACAAAAAGUGAGAAUAUAAUGCACAUCUCCCAUUAUCAAGGUUGACUUUCUACAUACUUUUAUAUUGCUUUUGCUUAAAACUGAGCUUGUGUCCUCCAGGCUGCCCUCAUUUUUACAUCAUCAUGAGAGCACUCAAGUCUGAUAUUAAUUCUUAUUGACGGUGGCUUUCCUAUGAAUAUCUGGAAUAUGAAUGAUGUCUUUGAAAGAGUGAGGUUUUCCUACAUUUAUCAGACUGCCUUGUUGGAAACAUUAUUCAAAAUGUUCCUCGUAGAUGUCUGGGUCAUUGUCAGCUUUGAUACAGACUUCUUGUCUAAAUUAUAUAAAUAAAUAUAUGUAAGAAUGUCUCAAUAGAUGGUCAUUGCUGCCGUCUGAGCUUUUUGGUGUCCACUAACUUAGAGAAUGCAGAUAAUUUAGGAACUCAUUCUUCAUACAAAGGGUUAAGAUGGGUCAGGUCACUUUAUUGUAGGAAUACAAAGUGUACUGACAUUCACUUCCAAGGAACCAAAGAUCUUUUGUAGGGACACCCCAGUAGGUCACAUAACAAGCAAACCUUCCACUUUUCAGGUGCCAUCACUCCACAUUGGGCUUUGGCUGGGAUUCUUAGAUAUUGGUGCAGUGGCAUAACUUGUGCUGCACCAAUGUACUCAGUUGUGCCUCUGCACCUUUUUGUGACUCAUAGUAAUGCACAUUCACACCAGGACACCCACAUAAACAAGUUAUGUAAGAAGAAAACAAAAUAAUGCAUAUCGGAGAUCUCAUUCUACCUGCCUUAAGGUCAUACAAACUAGUAAAGAGCUUAAGGGAACAGUCAGGAAGCUUACAGCUGAAUAUGAACUUAAAAUAGUUAAUGAAACCAAAAAUAGCGACAGAUUUUAACUAUAUCAGGAAGUUAAAAACUAGCAUCCAGCAGUGUUCAUAGCUAGUCCUCAAUAAUACUGCCCACUCUAAUCAAGGAAGAAGGUAAUACGCUAGAUGACAAAUUUAUUCCACCCACAGCUAUAGCUGUUCCACAGUCCUAGCAACCUCCUUUAAUUACUAUGGAAUAAGUCUGCUUAGCACUCUGAAAGGCUGCUACCACCACCACCUCUUUCAUGGGCUCUGAUAACAUUCCAUGUUGCCUGAUUAUCAAUACCAAAUAUGGCCUAUCUGAAGCCCUGCUAAUCCUCAUUAUUCUGAGCCUCUCCACUGGUUACAUUCCCAAAACUUUGAAAGCAGCCAUUGUAAUGCUUUUACACAAGGGUAUCUCAAACUCAGAUACUGUAGACCUUUAUUGUCCUUAGUCUCAUAUGUAAAGCUGUAGAAGAGCAUUGGUGAAAAAUAAUUCAAAGUUUCUACUGUCAAUAUGCUUUGGUUGACAACAUAGAUGGUGAACAGGUGUUCAAUAUCAACAGUCUGUGUGGUUGGGAAUAUGCCCUGUUCACAGGGACUGUGCUAUCUCAGAGCGGUACAGCAGUUGGCAUUGUCACCUUACAGCAGCAGUUUAAGUCUCAGCUGUGUGGAGUCUGCAUGUCCGCCCUGCAUUUACGUGGGUUUCCACCCACAUUCCAAAGAUAUGUAGCUGGAGCAUUUCUCCCCAGGUCUCUGCUGAAAAUGGGCUCUGUCCCGGUUGGACUUUCCCAGUAAACAAAUGUUAAAUAAAUUAGCAGGGAGUGUGAGGAUGAAGCUCCCCACCUGGGAGAGUGCAAAGGGGGGGGGGGUUGUCCUCUGCAAAAAAUGCUUUUAACUUUGCUUGCUCAGAGAUUUAUUCUCAGAGUACGUACAGAAGCUUGUGGACAUGUUGUUGAUGCUAAUGUGUCAAUGUCAACUUAGUACAGUUGAUUUGGUUAACUAUAUCCUUCAAACAUCUUAUCUGAGAUUUCAUUAAUCUAGAUAUUAAAAAUAUGCUGACCAUGGGCUCUAAUCAGUUCAGCUGUGUCAAAGACAGAUCCUGUUUCCAGUUGAUAGCAGUUACACAUUAUGUACAGCACAUCUGGACAAGGCAAAGAGCUUUGACACUAUUCCCCAUGCAGGCAUUAGUGACAGACUUGUAAAUAUGACUAACUCCUUAUGUUCUACAAUGGAUAUGUAACUAGUUGUUUGACAGAAGCCAUGUGGUUUGUCACAGAUGCCACUUCUGAAAACAAAAAGGUUACCAGUGUUAUACCACAGUGGUCAGAGCUAGAUCCUCCCCUAUUUGGCAUAGUUUUUUUCAGUCCUUCAGGGCAACAUUCCUAAGUUAUGUUUAACUUUGUAGAUAACUGACAAUUGCUCUAACAUAGGUAAGACUAUGUUAAAAAAAAAAUCUAUAUGCUCAAGGGUCUUAAAUAUGAAAAAAUGUACUAUACUCAUUUUGAUAAAACAUUUUUACAUCAUACCAUAGAGGUAACUUACCUCUCCAGUCAGAGAUGGUGUUAAGGGAUCUGGGCAACCGUAGUGAUAGUUUUUCAUAUUUUGAACAUCAUGUCUCCACAGUAGUUCAGAAAGGCUUCUGUCUGGCUCAAAUAAUUUCCAAAGGCAUCUUGUGUAGAGCCAGGUUUACCCAUCUCAUCAGACUCAUUAUGGAAUAUAUGCCCCUUUUGACAUGUGUUUGACUCAGUCACAUGGAUAGAUUGGAUAAUUUUCACUGUAAUCAGUUAUAGGCUCCUCAAUAGGGAUCUGUUCCCAUCCUUUCAAGCCAUGAAAGAUGUGACCCCUCCUUGACCUAAUAUUCCUUCACAGAACAGAUGCUUCCUCAAACACCUAGCUAAAGUAAUUAAACCAUCUUCAACCUAUAAAUAAUACAUAUUAGCAUAACAGGUUCAUAUUUCAAUGUAUCCCCCACCUCUGGAACAAAGUUGUACUAUAUAUCAAGCAGAGUAGCACCUUCAAGCUAAACCUAGAUAAUUGGAUGGGCUGACUCAAACUUUCCUCUGAUCAGCCUUGUGUUGUCCUCCUUGAAGCUGGAGGGACCUUUUGAAUAUGAUUUAUUGGCUAUGUUUAUAAUGGUCUGUAGACUGAUUGCAUAAUACUUGUCAAUUCCCUGAUGAUAAGAUUAUAGGUAUGAAGUGUAAUCACUCAGCUAAGCAGUUCUGCUGUGCACACAAGUGCCCUACCUGCCUGUAACAGUAAAUAUGGAUGCUCACAUACACACAGUUUGCACCCCAUCAUACCUCUAUCCAUGCAUACAACUACAUACAUGCAAUAUGUACAGCUUGUACACCCACACAUAACAUACCAGUUACAGCUGUCAAAGUAGCUGGCAUAAGCUGAGAUUCAGUAGCUACUUUGACAGCUGUGAAGUAGUAGUCAAACUGCAGGGGGUGAGACAGUAGCAGAGAUGAAAAACAAAUGACAAUGUAAUAGUGAAAAUAGGCGUAAUGCAAAAUGGAUGACAUAUGAGCUGUGACAUGUUGUGACAUUUAUGAUACAUCCUGAAGCAAUAUAUGUGAAAAAGAUGGCUGUUGUUACUUAGUUCUCAGCUGUAUAUCAAAUUGUCAUUUCAUAAGCAAGAAAAAAAUUCCAUUGCAGCAGAUAGUAAAGACAAACACAAGGCCUUCUACAGUUAUGUGAAGAAUCUCCACGGCAAUACCCAGAUUUGCUCCGAGAUACUGCACAAUAGCACCUCCUAUA